GGUCUCCCAUGGGAUUGCUGGGACCUUGCUGGGUGAGAUGGCACUGUGUGCAAAAAAGCGCCCCCCAGAAGAAGAAAGGAGGGCGCGGGCUAAUGACCGAGAAUACAAUGAGAAAUUCCAGUAUGCGAGUAACUGCAUCAAGACUUCCAAGUACAAUAUUCUCACCUUCCUGCCUGUCAACCUCUUUGAGCAAUUCCAGGAAGUUGCCAACACCUACUUCCUGUUCCUUCUCAUCCUGCAGUUGAUCCCACAGAUCUCUUCCCUGUCCUGGUUCACCACCAUCGUGCCUUUGGUUCUUGUCCUCACCAUCACCGCUGUUAAAGAUGCCACCGACGACUAUUUCCGCCACAAGAGUGAUAACCAGGUGAAUAACCGUCAGUCUCAGGUGCUCAUCAAUGGAAUCCUCCAGCAAGAGCAGUGGAUGAAUGUCUGUGUUGGUGAUAUCAUCAAGCUAGAAAACAACCAGUUUGUGGCGGCGGAUCUCCUCCUCCUCUCCAGCAGUGAGCCCCAUGGGCUGUGUUACAUAGAGACGGCAGAACUCGAUGGAGAGACCAACAUGAAAGUGCGUCAGGCAAUUCCCGUCACCUCAGAACUGGGAGACAUCAGUAAGCUUGCCAAGUUUGAUGGUGAAGUGAUCUGCGAACCUCCCAACAACAAGCUGGACAAAUUCAGUGGAACCCUCUACUGGAAGGAAAGCAAGUUCCCCCUGAGCAACCAGAACAUGCUGUUGCGGGGCUGUGUGCUACGAAACACCGAGUGGUGCUUCGGGCUGGUCAUCUUUGCAGGUCCUGACACUAAGCUGAUGCAGAACAGCGGUAGAACAAAGUUCAAGAGAACAAGUAUUGAUCGCCUAAUGAAUACACUGGUGCUCUGGAUUUUUGGAUUCCUGGUCUGCAUGGGGGUGAUCCUGGCCAUUGGCAAUGCCAUCUGGGAACAUGAAGUUGGGACACGCUUCCAGGUCUACCUGCCCUGGGAUGAAGCGGUGGACAGUGCCUUUUUCUCUGGCUUCCUCUCCUUCUGGUCCUACAUCAUCAUCCUUAACACCGUGGUGCCCAUUUCACUGUAUGUCAGUGUGGAGGUCAUCCGUCUGGGUCACAGCUACUUCAUCAACUGGGACAAGAAGAUGUUCUGCAUGAAGAAGCGCACACCCGCCGAGGCCCGCACCACCACCCUCAAUGAGGAGCUAGGCCAGGUGGAGUACAUUUUCUCCGACAAGACGGGCACCCUCACGCAGAACAUCAUGGUUUUCAACAAGUGCUCCAUCAAUGGCCGCAGCUACGGUGACGUGUUUGAUGUCCUGGGACAUAAAGCGGAGUUGGGAGAGAGGCCCGAACCCGUCAACUUUUCCUUUAAUCCUUUGGCUGACAAGAAGUUCUUAUUUUGGGACCCCAGCCUCUUGGAGGCUGUCAAGAUGGGGGACCCCCAUACACAUGAGUUCUUCCGCCUCCUCUCCCUGUGUCACACUGUCAUGUCAGAAGAAAAGAAUGAAGGAGAACUAUACUACAAAGCCCAGUCUCCUGAUGAGGGCGCCCUGGUUACUGCAGCCAGGAACUUUGGUUUUGUGUUCCGCUCUCGCACACCCAAAACCAUCACUGUCCAUGAGAUGGGCACAGCCAUCACCUACCAGCUGUUGGCUAUCCUGGACUUCAACAAUAUCCGCAAGCGGAUGUCAGUCAUAGUGCGGAAUCCAGAGGGGAAGAUCCGACUCUACUGCAAAGGGGCCGACACCAUCCUGCUUGACAGACUGCACCACUCUACCCAGGAGCUGCUCAACACCACGACCGACCAUCUGAAUGAGUACGCAGGGGAAGGGCUGAGGACCCUGGUACUGGCCUACAAGGAUCUGGAUGAAGAGUACUAUGAGGAGUGGGCCGAAAGACGGUUGCAAGCCAGCCUGGCCCAGGACAGCCGGGAGGACAGGCUGGCCAGCAUCUACGAGGAGGUUGAGAGUGACAUGAUGCUGUUGGGUGCAACAGCUAUUGAGGACAAGCUGCAGCAGGGGGUUCCAGAGACCAUUGCCCUCCUGACGCUGGCCAACAUCAAGAUCUGGGUGCUUACUGGAGACAAACAAGAGACUGCUGUGAACAUUGGCUAUUCCUGCAAGAUGCUGACGGACGACAUGACAGAGGUGUUCAUAGUCACAGGCCACACUGUCCUGGAGGUGAGAGAGGAGCUCAGGAAAGCCCGGGAGAAGAUGAUGGACUCUUCCCGAACCGUAGGCAACGGCUUCACCUGCCAGGAGAAACUUUCUUCUUCCAAGCUCACAUCUGUCUUGGAGGCCGUUGCUGGGGAGUAUGCUCUGGUCAUCAAUGGUCACAGCCUAGCCCACGCGUUGGAGGCAGACAUGGAGCUGGAGUUUCUGGAAACAGCGUGUGCCUGCAAAACUGUCAUCUGCUGCCGGGUGACCCCCUUGCAGAAGGCACAAGUGGUGGAACUGGUUAAGAAGUACAAGAAGGCGGUGACACUUGCCAUUGGAGAUGGGGCCAAUGAUGUCAGCAUGAUCAAAACUGCUCACAUCGGUGUGGGCAUCAGCGGGCAGGAAGGGAUCCAGGCUGUCCUGGCCUCCGAUUACUCCUUCUCGCAGUUCAAGUUCCUGCAGCGCCUCCUGCUGGUGCAUGGGCGCUGGUCCUACCUGCGCAUGUGCAAGUUCCUCUGCUAUUUCUUCUACAAGAACUUUGCUUUUACCAUGGUUCACUUCUGGUUUGGCUUCUUCUGCGGCUUCUCAGCCCAGACUGUGUACGAUCAGUAUUUCAUCACCUUGUACAACAUCGUGUACACCUCCCUCCCCGUCCUGGCUAUGGGCGUCUUUGACCAGGAUGUGCCAGAGCAGCGGAGCAUGGAGUACCCUAAGCUCUACGAGCCAGGCCAGCUGAAUCUCCUCUUCAACAAGCGGGAGUUCUUCAUCUGCAUCGCCCAGGGCAUCUACACCUCUGUGCUGAUGUUCUUCAUUCCCUACGGGGUGUUUGCCGAGGCAACCCGGGAUGAUGGGACCCAGCUGGCCGAUUACCAGUCCUUUGCAGUCACUGUGGCCACGUCACUGGUCAUCGUGGUCAGUGUGCAGAUUGGACUGGAUACAGGAUAUUGGACAGCCAUCAACCACUUCUUCAUCUGGGGCAGCCUGGCUGUUUACUUUGCCAUCCUCUUUGCCAUGCAUAGCAAUGGGCUCUUUGACAUGUUUCCAAACCAGUUCCGAUUUGUGGGGAACGCCCAGAACACCCUGGCCCAGCCCACAGUGUGGCUCACCAUCGUGCUCACCACGGUCGUCUGCAUCAUGCCUGUGGUGGCCUUUCGGUUCCUCAGGCUCAGCCUGAAGCCAGACCUGUCUGACACGGUCCGCUACACGCAGCUGGUGAGGAAAAAGCAGAAAGCGCAGCACCGCUGCAUGCGGCGGGCCGGCCGCACGGGGUCGCGGCGCUCGGGCUACGCCUUCUCGCACCAGGAGGGCUUCGGGGAGCUCAUCAUGUCCGGCAAGAACAUGCGGCUCAGCUCCCUGGCGCUGUCCAGCUUCACGGCCCGCUCCAGCUCCAGCUGGAUCGAGAGCCUGCGCAGGAAGAAGAGCGACAGCGCCGGCAGCCCGGGCGGCGGGGCCGAGAAGCCCCUCAAGGGGUGAAGACCUGCGGUCGCAGGACACUCCGUGCUGGUGACCAGAGCAGCUGGCCAGGGGGUCGCCAAGGGAACAGUAUCUCGAACUGUUGGUCCUCGCUCUGUGCCUCCCGCCUCCUCUGGUAGACUCUGGGGAGACGGAGGGAGGGGGCCCAGGGGCAGACAGAGGCUCAGGCACCAGGAAGCAGCCCCGUGGGGACCAGACAUGGUACCAAAAAUAAGAAAAACUGUGAGAGAUUGUUUGUCCCUGCCCGGCCCGCGAGCUCCCAGGGACACUGUAAUCUCCAUAUUUUUUUACUCCCAUUCCCCAGAGGGGCUCUAGCACCCCGUUCCUGAAUUACACCAGAAUGUAUCCUGCCGGGAAGGGGCCUCCGGGCCCCUCACGUCGUGGGUGUCUCCCUGAUUCGUGUUUGUGUCCAGUUUGGUUUUGUCUUUUUUAUUUGGCUGAUGGCGGAGGCCUUGGUGUGACUUUUAUGUUGUGAUUGGUGUCUUAACUCUCCUGGGAAGAGGAGCCUGGGGCUCACUGGGACACCCCUCCUGGUGGAGUGGCUUGGGAGCAGCUGUGUCUCCCUGGCCACACUCCAGUAGCUGGUGCCCUGGUGGGACAGAGAGGCUAAGCAGGGAGGGAGGAAGCCCAGCCGGGGGUGUCGGGAGAGUGAAAAGGAGGGCUUGGCCUGUCUCCUUCCUCACCUUGAGAGUCAUGCGCUGUCCCUUCCCCCAGUGCACACAUGUCCCUUCCUGGCAUCCAUGAAGUCCUGCUGGUUUGGGGCUGGAGCCUGGAAAAGUGGCCCCUUCAUCCUCAGAGAGCUAAAGCCCAGUUUGAAAUCUCGUCUUAAGGAGAAAAAGGAAAGCUCUCGUUUUGAAUUUAGUCCCAAGUUCAUUAGCAGACUUUCUUCUGACUUCCCCCCUCCUCUUCAGCUGGAGCUGUCUUGCACCUGCACCUCAGAACCCUGAGGUGGGAUUGGGGAACCCGGCCUCUCUGCUCCCUCUCCCAGGAAACCAGCCGUCCCACCAGCAGGCCUCGCCGCUGGGAGGAGGCAGAAGGGAAGGGCAAGGCCAGGCCGCGGCCGGACUCUGUCUGCUCAGCAUCCUGUCCAUCUGAACAGGCCUCCGCUGGAGGCUGGCCACGGCCCCGUCUUAUCUCCAUCGUCCACAAGCUGUGCCCCACGUCAGGCGUUUCCCAAGUUGGUUGCCACCAAUCAGCCUCCAGAGGAAGCCCUUCCUCUCCUUUGGGGACUGUGUGGGGGUAGAAAGUACCAGUUUGGGAAUGGUGUGGAGCUGGGAGUGGGGGAUCAUAAGCGUUCCCUGUGGGAGCCCCAAAGGAGCUGGGCAGAGGCUGCAGUCAGGUGGGGUGAACCCUCAAGGAACGGGGGAGGGGGAGUCUUGACAGGGAAAUCCCUUUUGGCCACAGUUUACAAACCCAAUAUCAUGUCUGUCUGUGUGUCUCUCAAGGUGAGAGUCUGAUUUUUAUACCAAAGAGGAAAUGAUUUUUUUUUUUUCAUAUUUGGUUGGUCUAUAUUAUAUAAAUAUAUAUAUAUAUAUAUACAGUUAUAUAUAUAUUAUUUUUUUGGUUCUCUCUCGUUUUUAGGGAGGGAAGAAAGUACCAAGUUGCAUUGAGCUGUAAUUAAGGAACAUUCUGUAUAAUUUAUGACACAUUUCUAUACUUGCAGAAAUUAUAUCAUUUUAUGAAUAUAAAAGAAAAAAACCUUUUUAUAAAAUUCCA